UCAGAAGGGGACACUUCACAAGCCAUCAAGAAUGAAUGGCUCUGAGAACCUUCCGGAGUCCUAUGACUAUGACCUUAUCAUCAUCGGAGGUGGCUCUGGAGGGCUGGCAGCAGCUAAGGAGGCAGCCAAGUAUGACAAGAAGGUGAUGGUCCUGGAUUUUGUCACCCCGACCCCUCUUGGAACUAGAUGGGGUCUCGGAGGAACAUGCGUGAAUGUGGGCUGCAUACCAAAGAAGCUGAUGCACCAGGCAGCUUUGCUGGGACAAGCCCUCCAGGACUCUCGCAACUAUGGGUGGAAAGUCGAGGACACAGUUCAGCACGACUGGGACAAAAUGACAGAAGCUGUACAAAAUCACAUCGGCUCGCUGAACUGGGGCUACCGGGUAGCUCUGCGGGAGAAAAAAGUCACCUACGAGAAUGCUUAUGGGCAGUUUGUCGGGCCCCAUAAGAUUAAGGCAACCAAUAAUAAAGGGAAAGAAAAAAUUUACACAGCAGAGCGGUUUCUCAUUGCGACUGGUGAAAGGCCACGCUACUUGGGAAUCCCUGGCGACAGAGAGUACUGCAUCAGCAGUGAUGACCUUUUCUCCUUGCCGUACUCCCCGGGGAAGACCCUGGUGGUUGGAGCCUCCUAUGUUGCUUUGGAAUGUGCUGGAUUUCUUGCAGGCAUUGGUUUAGACGUCACUGUCAUGGUGCGGUCCAUUCUCCUUAGAGGAUUUGACCAGGAUAUGGCCAACAAAAUUGGUGAACACAUGGAGGAACAUGGUGUCAAGUUCAUCAGACAGUUUGUACCAAUAAAAGUUGAACAAAUUGAAGCAGGAACCCCAGGACGACUCCGGGUGGUGGCCAAGUCCACCAAUAGUGAGGAAACCAUCGAAGGAGAGUUUAACACGGUCUUGCUGGCAAUUGGAAGAGAUGCUUGCACAAGGAAAAUUGGCUUAGAGACUGUGGGAGUGAAGAUAAAUGAAAAAACGGGGAAAAUACCUGUCACUGACGAGGAGCAGACCAACGUGCCUUAUAUCUACGCCAUUGGCGACAUCCUGGAAGGGAAGCUGGAGCUCACCCCAGUGGCCAUCCAGGCGGGGCGACUGCUGGCUCAGAGGCUUUACGCUGGCUCCAAAGUCAAGUGUGACUAUGAAAAUGUUCCAACAACUGUGUUUACACCUUUGGAGUAUGGAGCCUGUGGCCUUUCUGAAGAGAAAGCUGUGGAAAAAUUUGGGGAAGAAAAUAUUGAGGUUUACCAUAGUUACUUCUGGCCAUUGGAGUGGACCAUUCCAUCCAGAGAUAACAACAAAUGUUAUGCAAAAAUAAUCUGCAACAUCAAAGACAAUGAACGUGUCGUGGGCUUCCACAUCCUGGGUCCAAAUGCUGGAGAAGUGACACAGGGCUUUGCAGCGGCGCUGAAGUGCGGCCUGACCAAAACGCAGCUGGACAGCACGAUCGGAAUCCACCCCGUCUGCGCAGAGGUGUUCACGACGCUGUCGGUGACCAAGCGCUCCGGGGGAAGCAUCCUCCAGGCUGGCUGCUGAGGUUAAGCCCCGGUGUGGAUGC